AUGCAAAAGAAAGAAAUUGAAGAACUGGAGAAAGCCAAGAAAAAAAUCAAGGACAAAUACGCCAACGUCUCAAAAUUGCACGGGAACUUCUGUAACGAGGAUUGGGAAUUUGUUUUUAGGUUUCAAGAAAAGAAUUCCAAAGAAGGCGAAAAUUCGAAGUCUCAAGAAUAUCCGGGGGAGCGUAACAACGUCAACAGGGACGAUCGUGCUACCUCUAAACCCCAAACCUCUAAAGGUAACAUCGCGACCGACACACCAGCAACAGCGACAACACCAGCACCUACUACUCAGACGAACAGUACCGCUGCUAAUGGGCAGACAGGACCCGCAACGUCG